AUGGAGUGGAAACAUCAGAAGGGCACUGGGUAUUCUCACGAACAACGGGAAAAGCGGCAGAGAACGCGGAACAAGGAUACUUUAGAGAGACUGCACAACAGCUCUUCCGAAUUCAAUCUGAUCUUGAAGCCCUUAAGCCUCUGCAGUAUUCGCUUACAGGUAGAUACAGACGGGCGUGCUCCUAUAAUUCCUGCCGAGGCAGUGCGGGUGGCCUCGGGAUUCUGGAAGCCGGAUAUGUCGCGAAAUCGGGGCGAAAGGACUGACGGGACUCCUCGUCCGAGCGGCCAGUAUAAGCUGCCAAUGAAUCUUUUUGGAUGUCUCACCGGCAGAUCCAUAUUGCACGUGGAUUGUAGGCACUUGGUACAAGUUCGCGGGUUGGUCAAUGGCCUAACCUGGCGAAACAAACUGAGUGGUAUCUUGUCCACGCGUGUGCUUGGUCAUGCUGACGACCCUUGUUUGCAGGAUUGGGAGAUCUACACCCCCAUGGAAUUUCCGAAGCCGCCAAAUCAGUUGGCGCCUGUGGGCUUUCUGCACACUUACAGCAUAGCAAGCCCCCGCAUCAUUUCCAAGGACGCAACAGCCCUCUUUUCCCUAUAG